AUGGAUUUCAGUAAGGCAUUUGAUAAGGUGGACCAUCACAAACUUGUGAGUAAACUAGAAAGAUUGGGUAUAAGUUAUGAGGUUACAAAUUGGGUCCAUUCCUUCCUUAAGUCACGCUCCCAGCAAGUUGUAGUUGAAGGUCAAAAAUCAGGAAUUCUACCAGUUCUCUCAGGUGUCCCCCAAGGCUCGGUAUUAGGUCCCUGUCUUUUCCUUUCUUACAUCAAUGACCUCCCAGAUAGUGUCAAAGAAAACAGGAAAAGCUUGUUUACUUUUAGAAGUACUGGUAAAGGAUUUCAGUAUUUCUUUCUUAUUUUUUAUGUACCAUCUGGUAAGACGAAAAAGAAGUUAACCAAAGUAUCACCUCUUGUAGAGCAAGUGAAAUGUUUUGGUAGCACAGGAAAUGGUCGCCAUUUGUUGGGUGUUUUACAAAAUGGGGAGAUAUUUGUGUGGCACAAAGACAAAGAUAUAUUGAAAUUUAUUGAAGGAUUAGGGACUAUAACAGAUACAUAUCAGACAGAGCAAUGCCAUAUUGAUGCCUCGGAUGACUGUUCUUAUGUCUUUGUUGCUAUUGGGAACAGUUCAUUUUUGCUAUGGGUAAAAGAAAAGGGAGAAUGCAUUCUCAAGGACAAGGGAGACCCUGCUCUUAAAGGAUCUUGGCACAGAAUUGCGGUGCCUGAGGGAAUGGAAUUACCACCCUUGACAUCAAGGGAGUGCAGCAUGGCUAGUGUUUUCUAUGAGAAUACUCUUUACAGAACAGUUUUGUUGUUGUAUUUUAGUUUGCCACUGUUCAGCGCAGAAUGGAGUUUACUGGAGUAUCCUUUCCAACAGAUGCACCAAGACUUUGAGCCAGUGUUCACACAAGGAGCUUACAUCUGUAGCUACAAUAAGAGUGGUCAGGUGCUAGCUGUGGCAGCCAAUCAGAGGUUCCCUACACGGACAACCAUGUUAUUUGUGUCACCACUGACUGAUACAGUACUUGUUGGUGGAAUGAGAAAUUGUGGUGUUAGGGAUAUUGGUAAAUCUGGGAGAGAUUAUUGGGUAGCAGAUAUAGCCUGGACAUCAGACAAUUUGUUUCUGGCUUGUAUACUGAAGAAUGGCAGUGUGUGCCUAAUUCCCCGUCUUGGAGACCCUGUUGCUAUACAAACACAAGGUUGUUCAGUGAAUAUGGGACCAGCUUAUUUCCUCCCACUUCAUCCAGCUAUAUUUGUCAGUAAUAAUCAAGGAAGUCUUGAGCCUUCAGCUAUGGAGAAAGAUCCUAUGCAACAACACUUUUCAUUGGCCACUCAUCCAACAUUACCUAUAGUUCUCUUCUCUGAUGGUUUCCUGGUAACAGUAGCUCAACUUCCUGUAGAGAUGACAUCAGUUUCUGUGAUGAGAGAUUUGGUUUUAGACUCUGCCAGAUAUUUGAAGAAAUUGUAUCAACAGGAAGAUCUGGACAUGACCGUAGCAGAUGCAUACAAACUGUCCAAAGGUCAAAAAGGCUCCAAACAAUCACUAUUAGACAACAAGAAACAGAGGGGAGCAUAUCAGUUUGAAUUGGCAGAGGUCUCUUUGAAUGCUACUCAUGAAAGCAAUACCAGUAUCAUAGACACAACCAACAAGUUUGGCUUUGAUCAGUUUGGAGCAAUAGGAAAUAUGGACGCUGGAAAAAUAGUAUUUGGAGAGCCAGAAAUGAUCUCAAUUGACCCUAACUUGACAUUUUCCGGGUUAGAUGGAUCUGAUGCCCUCCUGAAAUACUUAGAGGAGUCAAUGUCAGCUUUGACGUUAGUGUGGAAACUUGCCUCAUCAUACUCAGAUGUAUGGACCUCUGAAGUUGAUAACAUUGCUAAAAAGACAGUCCAUAAUUUUUCAAAGAUUUUUGAGGUUGUACUUGAUUGCCCGGCAGUUGAAGCUAUCAUUCCAAGCCUUACUCCUAGACAAGGGUCAGCGAUACAAAAUCCAAGAGUGUAUAACAUUAUAGUAGCCUACAGAAAUAUCUUACAGCUGCUUAGAUUUGAUACAUUCAAUCAGCAUCUUAUUACGGCAGCCCUUAGACUGGUUCACAAAACAAUCACUCUGAUGUUAUCAAGUAAAGAACUUCUUAAGACUGACCCCAGGUUGAAAACUCUUUAUGGGUGUUACAGUCUAUUGAAACAUGCUGAAACCAGUCUUAACCGUGUAUAUGUCUGGGUACAAUCACAGAGUCAGACUGGCACUCCAAGAAGUGAUGGUUCACCUCAUACAUUUGAGCCAGCUGUAAUGGUGAAAAUGGCAAUGCAAUCUGCAGGAAGUAGUAGUGGUGCAAGAGGAGUUAAUUUGGAUAGUCGGGGACAGUUACCAGGAAAGAGACUUGCAGCCACAUGGAAGAUGCUGUAUCAUCAUACAGUUGAGUACCAGUCAAAGGUCAGACAAUCUGGUGACCUCAAUCAAGAGCUUAAUAACACAGAUAAAUUGAUUCAUGCCAUACAACAGGUACUUCAAGAAUCAGACGCACAGAUAACUCCAAGAUCUGCUUCUGCCAAGGUGUCAGCAGUUUCAGUAUGGUUGAGGCAUGCUUUCCCAUUUGAGUUGUUGUCCAGUUCUGAUAGUUUCUUAUAUGCUAAUGAUAGUACUACCAGCUUUGAUCCCAAAACCACAAGUAGUCCAACUCCCAAUAUGUCUACUGUUUCAAAUAAUAACAACUCUUCUCAAAAUGUGAAAGGUAGUCCAAACAUUACCUUCACUUGGAAGAGUUCUGGGAAUGAAAGUCAGAAUUCAUCGUCCACUCUAAAGAUGAAUCAUGUUGAUCAUAUUGGUAACAACUCUUCAGUAGAAGUAGGGUCAUACUCUUCCUCCCAAAAAGAGAACACCAGUUCAAACCAAGGAAAUCUCUCUCCAAGCAUCGAUGGCAAUAAAAUAUCUCCAAAAGUAACAGAAUUCUCCUCUUUAUCUAGUUUUGAAUCAGGAACAGGAAAUGGUUUCACACAUUUAGCAAGAUCAAAAUUUAAGAUAAUAACAAAACUAAAAUCAGCCAUGGCAAAAGUUAACAAAGCUCAUGCAAAUGACUCUUCUGUUCAAGUUGGUUCCUUGUCUACAUCAUCUAGUGGGAACCGGUCAUCUGGGUCAUCAAUGAUAAAUGGAGUAAUAUCAAAACUGAAAGUUGGGUCAGUUUCUCUUUCCCCUAAAGAAAGUAGUUCCAACACUGGGUCAUCAUCCAUGCCAGUUGUUCUGUUAGAUAUUACUGAGCCUGGUUAUUCCACAAUGCAUGAUAAAACUACAGUAGAUAUUGAGCAAGAUAUGCCCAAGUCAGAAGGCUUUGACCUUCAUGAUACAAAAGAUUUUGAAGUGUCAUCAAAAACUGAUAGUGAUAAGCUAGAAUGGAAAAAGAAAAGGAGGGAAAAGAAAAGGGUCUAUGCUAGUGAUAAGUUGAGUGUAGAUGGGGAGCAUACACUGGCUGUCGAGGCUUGGAAAGAUCAGCUCAAAAUGGUUGCUGGUGUGAAGAAAGACAGUCCUAAAACCGCCAGGAUGUUACACUCAGUGUUGUUUACAUAUCUACUGAAAGAUGAUCUUGCUCAGACAGUUGAGUUUGUAGACACUCUGAUAUUACAAGCAAGUAUUGACACGGCCAUGAAUUCCCAGGAACUACCAGCUUAUGAUGACGGUACACGACCUCCUUUGAUGACCCUUGUCACUCAUAGGUCACAGGAUUCUGAGGAGGAAGAGCUGGUACCCUGCAUCAAGAACAAGUCUAUACGUCAGACAGUACAGACUAUUGCCCGGUUUAUGGCGGCAUAUUUUAGUAACCAGACCAUGUAUAUCUACCCACCCCACAGUGCUCAAGCUUUACCUACAGUACAUAUGACUUCUGUACCAACAAAAACAAGGAUUAUUCCCAAGUAUCAUGAGGAUAUAACAAAUGUUAUAACACGUGAUGGUUUAAGCGGGAUCUGGACUACAGAGAGAACUGUCGAGUAUUUGUUGAUGAGUGGUCUAGUUUGUGAGACAGCAUGGUUUGCUCAUAAGAUGGGAGACUGGAAAACUGCCUAUCUACUUUCUGUUGCCCAUAGUAACCAUAGAGAAAUAGCUCCACAUCUAUAUCAGAAGCCCAAGAAGCCCUUACAGUUACCUGAGAGUUUGACACCACAAGCUAUUCUACAAGAAAAACUAGAAGUUCUUAUAAAAUCUAACAAAGCUGAUAGUGCACCAGCUGGGGCCAACAAAAAAUGCAGCAGAUACUUCAUUCCGAUCAACCAGGAGACCAAUAUAGGUCAGCUGACUCAUACAGUUGGUGAUAUGAUGACUGCAGGUAUUGUGUCAGAUGUUGAACUUGCUCCCUGGUUCCUGGCAAAUCUCACAGACAAGCUUAAAAAUGUUGUAUCCAGCUUGCCAGUCCUGGUACCAGAAGAAUUCUACCUCCCGGCUCCGCCACUAUAUUGCCCCCAGGCUGGCGAGGAAGAAAUGGGCAGAGAUGACCCCACAGUGCAGUAUGAGAAAGAACUGAGACUGGAGAUCUCUUCUAUUAUACAACUUUUAUUGGUAGCCUUUAACUCUGCCCACCUCACACUGCCAACAGCAAGGUGGUACAUACAAGAUCUGUUUAAAAUGCAAGAAAAAGCUUCACAAUUUAAGGCAACAACAGAAGGACCUUGCCUUGAGUUACCAGAAAUUCUCCAACAGUAUAAGAUUCUACGAUCAGAUAUAGUAGACUUCAGAGACAAUCCAAAUGUCCUUAAAGUCAUGUCAAGUUUCCGAGAUUUUUGCACAAUAUUAUGGAUGUUACAUGUACGUGACGAAAUGUCUUUACAUCUAAGGAAGAGAGGCAAACAACUGGUGAAUGAUACCAAGGAUGGCCAGGAAAGUCCUGAAUCCACGCUGGGUCAAGAGUAUGUGCAGGAAUGUUUUAAAAUACUGAAAUGGGCUGUUCAUAUGUUGGCAUUCAACCAAUAUUUAGCUGAUGAAGAUUGCAUUCGUAAGGUCAUCUUAUCACUCAUCCUUGAGCUUCCAUCAACUGAAGACACUGCUGAUAUAUUAGCUGAACAUUUUUACUCACCAGAAUUCUUCCCUCCAGAGGUGCAAGAAAAAUUAGAGAGACUUUUGUCAAGUUGGCAAAGUGUUGAAAUAGUACCAGAGGACGAUGGAAAGUCAGCACGUCUAGACGAGGGUGAAGAAGCAAGAAGAAGUGCAGACAUGGAUGACGAAGAUGAUGACGGAUCUGUGAGGAAAUCUGUGACAUUUUAUCAAGCCUCACCAAGAGCUAAGACAUUAUCUGUGUAUUACUAUAAACAGUGUGAUGUCGUACAGAAAGUUCUCAAAAAGAAGCGUAAAUUCUUCGGUCAGUACAACGAGUUUGUAUUUUGUGCCGAUGGUGAUAAUGAAAACACAGAACAGACAGAGAUGAACAAUAUAGGGGCUAUUUACAUUGGAUCUAGACCUUUUGAGACAAAACAGUCUUACCUUGAGUUCUUGGACAGGUUUUAUGCCAUUUGUUUUACUAAAGUCGUUGAGAAGGAGUCAGAGUCAGGUAGGUCAUCUAUGUACCCAUUGUUGAUGCCAUUUGCUAAACUUAUCAGAGAUGCAGAAUUUGAAAAUUUCUUGAGUAAGCAUGAAGAAACAUAUCAGAAGAAACCAAGUUCAGUUGUUAUGGCUUCCCCUAGAGCAAAAUUUAUCAGGAGCCAUAGUGAGUCUCAUGUUUCAGAUGCGUAUGAAGCCAAGAAUUCACCAACAUUUGCAAGAGGAAGGAGCUUGUUUAAAAGUAACAGCUCUACUGAUGUUUUACACGGACACCAUAGAAUGAUGCGAUUUGAAAGUGAAGGCUCAUUGCUGACGAAAAACUCUCCAGGACGAUCUAAAGGGGGAAUGCCAUCUCCCUCCCGGGCAAAACCUAACAUGACAGGGAUGGCUUCACGAUUUUUUCAGUCUGAGGAAGUUUUAUAUAAGGACGCAGGAGAUAGUCAAGAAGCUCAUUGGAUCCUUGAUGUAAACUUUGGCCAGCGUUAUCUUGCCCUCCAACAUUUACUGGACUACCUUCGUCACUGGGCUGGCAAACAACAUUCUCUUGGUCUUCAUGGGAAAGAUAUUGAGCUAAAGCCUACAAUGAGGAUUGAAGUGCCAACACAGCUUGUUGUGCUCGGACUUUGGUUGCUGGAAAAUAAAUAUAGUUCUUCUAAACAGAAGAGACCAGAGCCUGAAGUUGUAAGAGAAGUGAAUGAUCAUGUUCCUGUAGAAAGAAAGAAACAGAAUGCUCUAGGAACUGUAGAAGAAAUAACUGAGCGUGACAGUUUCACACAGGUCUCAAAUAUGCCAAGAUCAAGGUCGCAUAGUCCUAAAGGUCAGAGGUCAAGGUCUCACAGUCCAAAAGCAGAUGUAUCAAGGACAGCAAGUGCAGGAUUUGAUAUGUCAAGGGAUAGGACUCUGGACUAUGUUAAAAGUAUAACAUCAACAAUGGAAGAAACUGAACUGAAAAGUGCAUACAAGAAAGUGUUGGAUGGUUAUAGAAUUAAGGAGGGAGAUGACAGCAGCUCUCUAGAAGUUAGCUCCCUUGAACCUGAUGACAUGGAUUCACUUACAGCUGCUGGAUCUGGCAGAUCAAGCAGAAGUAAAGGAAGGAACAGACGUAAGAGCCCAAGGCUGGUGGAGUCUAGUCCCGAAACCAGGAACAAUUCGGCUCUUAAUCAUACACUUCAGUUUGAUGGUUCCCCAGAGCGUGCCAACAAGCAAACACCUCAGACAAGUACGCCAGUGAGGAAUCGCAGUCCAGCAAAUCGUGCUCGUAGAGCCGAAGUUCAAGGAGACAUAUCACGGAUAUCACUGCCCCCUAGUGGUGGAGUUCCUGGCCAGUACACAGCACCACCUUCUGGUUACAACAGAGGUGGACUACCUGGAGGGGACCCCAGACAUACAGCACCCUCUGUUGGUGAUCAGGGGAUUAUGUCUCAGCAACCAGGAUCAGCGGGAAAUGUGAACCUUGCUGGAAUGGAUUUAGCACAACAAUUACAACAUAUUGUUAGAGGAGAACUAAGAAGAAUGAUGGAAGUUCAGCAUCAAAGUAUGAUGGCUAUGAUGGGUGCCCUGGAUGGUCAACCUCCUGUUGCUUGGCAACCAGAAAUUCCUGCCAAUCAAAGACAGGGAUUAUCAAGGUCACCUACCAGGGAAGGUAACCAGGAUCUAA